UAAAUUUAAAAAAAAAUCCAAAAGGUUCUUAGUCUUGUUUUGAGACGUCCAGUAACAUCUCGAAAGGUCUUAGAAUCUUAAAAAAAUUGAUGAUCUAGAACAUACCUGUACAUUAUUAUUCUUCUUUUUUAAACAUUCAGUAAUCUUCAGAAAGUUCUCGAAAUUCUAUGUAAUUUGAUGUUCCAGAACAUCCCAAAAGGUCCUUUAUUCCUUCUUGAACGAUUAUUAACUUCCAGAAAGUUUUCGAAAUUUAUAAAAAGUGUAACAGAACAUUCCAUAAGGUUCCUCUUAUUUUAGUAGCUUACAGAAAGUUUUCCGUAUUUGAGAAAGUGUGAUUUUCCAGAAUAUCUCAGAUUAUUGUUUUACUUUUGGUGCAUUCAGUUACUUUCAGGAGGUUUCUGGAAAUUUUAUAGCUUUUUAUGUUCCAGAACAUGCGAGAAGGUUUUUUUGCUUGUUUCCAAACUUCCAUAAAGUUUUCUAAAUUUUAUUAGGUUUGAUGUAAAAAACAUUCUAAAAGGUUUUUUUCUAAAAAGUUUACCAACUUAGAAGUGGUCAUUAGAAGAGGAAGUUCUCAGUUAAUAACUGUGGUAAUGCUCAUAGACAGAAGCUCAUAGCUGAGAAGCAGGCUUUGUCCCAGUUGAGAUGUUACUCCAAGGAAAAGAUGUUCCAUAAUGCCACAGAAGGUUAUUGCCCUUCUUUUGAAGCGUUCAGAAACUUCAAGGAGAUACUCGAAACUUUAAGAAGUUCAAUAAUCCAGAACAUUCUAGAACGUUCCUUUUCCUUUUUUCCUGGAACCUUCAGCAACUUCCAGAAAAUUCUUGAAUUCUAUAGAAUAUUGAUGUUCCAGAACAUUCCAGAAGGUUCUUCUUAUUAUUUCUGGAAAGUCAAAACACAUCCAGAAAGUUCUCGUUAUUUUUUAUAAAUUUAAUACACCUAUGGUGAGACAACAGAAGAAAAAAGGCAUCCAGGUGAAUCAGGUUCGUUCCAACAACCAACAACAACAAUCACGACUAGCUUCAUAAAUGUUCUGUUAUACCGAAAUGCACCGGCAUUGGAUAUGGAGAAUUUUCCAGACAUUCGAUUAAUUUCUUUCUGCUUUCUCCCUCGAAGACAUUCCCCCUUCCAUACGUAGUAGCAACAAACACACUUCCAAUCAACCCCAUCAGCCCGAUAGAAACUCGAACGUUACAAAGUGCUCUAGACUUUUCUCGCUCGCAACACGAGUGUGUUGAUCCCAUCAGUUCAGUGUGCGAACCACUGACUGUACCUGCCCCUAUCUCGAAUAAUUGCCAACACAUACAAUCAUAACUAACACGACAUGAAACCGAACGACAGCGAGCAGGCAGCAGCAGAGACACCGACAUCAAUCGAGUACCUAAUCGAACCUGCUCGAACACGCAUGGAAAGCACUCGAAUCCUCUAGAUCUGCUCGUUUCCACUAUAUAAACGCCCGGUUCGAGCAGCUCUCGUCAUAACAGUUCAAACAAGAGAACGAAACACAAGCAAGAGAGCGAUAAAGCGCGAAAGCAAAUCUACGCAAACGAAUUCAGUAUUCAGAAGUGAAACAAGUUUAAUCAGUGAAAAAAGUGAAUCCAAGAUAAAAUUGUGUCAUUACAAGUCUAAAAGUAUCAAAAGUCAGUGAAUCCAAAGCAAAAAUGUCUGCAAUUGGUAUCGAUUUGGGAACCACGUACUCCUGCGUGGGAGUGUUCCAGCAUGGCAAAGUGGAAAUCAUCGCCAACGACCAGGGCAACCGAACCACCCCCAGCUAUGUGGCAUUCUCGGACACGGAACGGCUGAUCGGCGAUGCAGCCAAGAACCAGGUGGCCCUCAAUCCACAGAACACCGUUUUCGACGCCAAGCGGCUGAUUGGACGCCGUUUCGACGACCCGAAAAUUCAGGCCGAUAUCAAACACUGGCCCUUCAAGGUGUUCAACGAUGGUGGAAAACCGAAGAUUGAAGUCGAGUUCAAGGGUGAGAGGAAACGAUUCGCUCCGGAGGAAAUCAGCUCGAUGGUUCUGGUGAAGAUGCGGGAAACUGCCGAGGCCUAUCUGGGAAAGAGCGUCAAGAAUGCAGUCAUAACAGUUCCAGCCUAUUUCAACGAUUCUCAGCGACAGGCCACGAAGGACGCCGGAGCCAUUGCCGGACUCAAUGUGAUGCGAAUCAUCAACGAACCGACGGCAGCUGCAUUGGCUUACGGUCUGGACAAGAAUCUCAAAGGUGAACGGAAUGUCCUGAUCUUCGAUUUGGGUGGUGGCACAUUCGACGUUUCCAUUUUGACCAUCGACGAGGGUUCGUUGUUCGAAGUACGAGCCACGGCUGGAGAUACUCAUCUAGGAGGAGAGGACUUCGAUAAUCGUAUGGUGUCACAUUUCGUGGAGGAAUUCAAACGUAAGUUCAAGAAAGAUAUUUCAUCGAAUCCUCGUGCUCUGCGGCGACUGAGAACGGCAUGUGAACGAGCCAAGCGCACACUGUCAUCCAGCACUGAAGCCACGAUUGAAAUCGAUGCCCUGAUUGAAGGAAUCGACUACUACACGAAAAUUUCUCGGGCUCGAUUCGAAGAACUGUGCUCGGAUCUGUUCCGAUCCACACUCCAUCCAGUUGAGAAGGCUCUGUCCGACGCCAAAAUGGACAAGAGCUCAAUCCACGACAUCGUUCUGGUUGGUGGAUCAACUCGCAUUCCAAAAGUCCAGAACCUGCUGCAGAACUUCUUCUGUGGAAAGUCGCUGAACCUAUCGAUCAACCCGGAUGAGGCCGUGGCAUACGGUGCUGCAGUUCAAGCUGCCAUUCUCAGUGGAGACAAGGACGAAAAGAUCCAGGAUGUGCUGUUGGUUGAUGUGGCGCCACUCUCCCUCGGAAUCGAGACAGCUGGAGGAGUCAUGACCAAACUGAUUGAACGCAACAGCCGAAUCCCAUGCAAGCAGACCCAGAUAUUCUCGACCUAUGCGGACAACCAGCCCGGAGUAUCGAUCCAGGUGUUCGAAGGAGAACGCGCCAUGACCAGAGAUAACAACCGUCUGGGACAGUUCGACCUGUCAGGCAUUCCACCAGCUCCCAGAGGCGUUCCCCAGAUUGAGGUGACAUUUGAUAUGGACGCCAACGGUAUCCUGAACGUUUCGGCCAAGGAGAAGAGCACCGGUAAGGAAAAGAACAUCACGAUCAAGAACGACAAGGGCCGACUUAGUCAGGCCGACAUCGAUCGAAUGGUGAACGAGGCUGAGAAAUUCCGCGAAGAAGACGAAAAACAACGAGAACGCGUUUCCGCCCGGAAUCAGCUGGAAGGCUACUGCUUCCAACUAAAGCAAUCACUCGAAUCGGCCGGAGACAAACUGAGCGAGUCGGACAAGAACACCGUGAAGGACAAGUGCGACGAAACGCUCCGAUGGCUGGACGGAAACACGAUGGCCGAGAAGGACGAGUUUGAGCACAAGAUGCAGGAGUUGAGCCGAGUUUGCAGUCCUAUCAUGACUCGGUUGCAUCAGGGUGGAGCCGGUGUGGGAACUGGAGCCUCGAGCUGUGGCCAACAGGCAGGAGGAUUCGGUGGUCGAACGGGACCCACCGUCGAGGAGGUGGAUUAAAUGACGAAAAUGUUGAUGAAUGAGCGAAAAACUAAAAAUAAUAGAAUAUUAAAUUUUUCUCAUAAUGAGACUUUAAGCUUCAUAGACUGAUUUAUCAAUUGCAUAUUACCGUUAUAAUUUAUUUUCGUGAAAAUAUAAUGUACAGAAUGAUCUCGAA